AUGCAUUAUAACCAAUACGUAUCGCUAUGCUUGAUCGCACUUGUCUUGGGACAAGUCGCGACAUUACCGCAACAUUCUCAAUAUACGCAGCAAUACCCGCAACAGUACCAACAACAGAUCAGAGAAGACAGAAAAUUCGCUGAGAAACCGAAUGCAAUGAAAAAAGUAGCGAUCGACGAUCUCGAAGAUAUUAGCACCAAUCAAAUUCAGGAGGGUAGCAGCAGUGGUUUCUCAUGGUCCAAUAUGCUAGGAAUGCUAAUGCAAAUGCUGCUAGGUCAGACUGGAGGUGUAGCCGGACCCAGCAAAAAUGAGAUAGAUGAUGGCACGACUGUGAGUCCAUGGACUAAUCUGCUUUCCGUGGGUCUGAGAGUCCUCACCGCACUACUGGGCGGACCUCAGCAACCGGUGGAUGGUAUUGACAAAGUGGACAAUCAAAGUAGUCCCAUGCAGGAAAUUGUGACUGCGGUGCUGGGCGCGUUUCUAGGACAGGGCAGAGAUCCCGAACAAGUUGCUGUAAUGGGGAAAAAUGUUUUCGAGUUCAUCAGUAUAGUCAUCAAUCUACUGGACGCCCUGAAAACAUCGUUCUCUCAUCGUUCUCUGACGGCUCGUUCGCUUGGAAGACGCGACACCGUUUCCGAAGCUGCUAUAGCGUCGAUCUCUAUGCUAAAGGGCUACAUGAGAUCCGUCAAGUCCUUUAGUUACGUAGGUCGUGCGGAGGAAGAAGGACAGCGUGGAUGCGCCGAAAGAGCACUUUGUGAGGCCAGCGCGGAAUGUAUCGCUGAUACGCAAGGUCCAUCAUCAAUUUUCUGCCAACUUGGAUCGUACGCAACAAGUUAUUUCCUGCAGAGGCAGAGCGGCAUCGGCUUUGAGGCCUUAUACGAAGCAGGACGACGUGGUCGCACAGGCGAGGAUUGCAGAACUCUUUUUAUGGAUUGCAACGCUGUAUAAGCGAGUUUAACCACCACAGCGUUCUGUCGAACGCGGCUUAGAUUCCGCAGGAUUUCGGAUUCUCUUUGCCGAUCAGAAUAAACUCGAAGACUCUCGUACAUUCUACGCGCUUUGUCUUCUAAUGGAGAAUAAUGUGAAACUACUCGAAGCAAUUUGUAUACAUUAUAGGCAACUAAAUACGAUUAAUAUGAAGGUUUUAUAAUUAUCUAAGAAACACCUAAAAUCGUCAUAUUUUACAAUAUGUAUAUGUAGUUAGACCUUUUAGGACCUAUUUUUCGAGUAUUCCGAAUAUUUUUUAUCGUCGAGUAUUUGGAUGACGUUUCAACAGAGUUUCCGGCGUCCUACGGCUUAAAUCAUGUUAAAACAAAAGUAUAUAGAGUUUUAAUCAACAUAUUCAUGGCACGGGUGUGCACCGAGCCGGGAUUCGCAUCGAAUCUCGCUAGCUCGUCAGCUCGGCUCGAGCUCACGAUUGAACAUUUCUUCAAACAGAGAAUUCGUGUAUGUGCGUAUACAUGCUAAGUAAUGCAAAUUUAUUUCAUCAUCAAUUUGCGAUUCCGCGAAAAUGCGAUGUCGCGAACCAACGAGCACACUUGACGCUCUAAUUCCGCUUGUCUCGAAAAAAUUAGAUUAAAUUUUUGGAUCGGACAAAU